AUGUGUGGUGAAAAUCAGACUGCGGUGACGGAAUUCCUCCUCCUUGGCUUUCAUAACACUUCUAAGAGUAAGAUUGUGGUAUUUGUCUUAAUCCUGCUAGUGCACUUAUGUGCGAUCUUCGGGAACCUGUUAAUUGUUUUGCUGGUAUCUUUCAGUUAUAUCCUCCACCGUCCAAUGUAUUUAUUUCUCUCGAACCUUGCCUUGGCAGACCUCAUUAUUUCCACCAGCAUAGUUCCCAACAUGUUGUGCAUCAUAUGGCUGGAUGGUCACACCAUGACUAUAAACGGGUGCCUAUCCCAGUACUUCUUCGUGUUUGUGUCCACCUAUGCCCAGUGCUGUCUUCUCAUGAUGAUGUCCUUUGACCGAUAUUUGGCCAUUUGCUUGCCACUACGUUACUCUUCUAUAAUGAACUUAAACUUUUCUUUACGUUUGAGUCUUUGGUCUUGGAUAGUAGGAAUUAUUUUAAUAAAAGUUGAAGUUAUUCUACUCUGCCAGCUUCAGUUUUGUACCUCCAACAUCAUUGACCAUUUUUUUUGUGAUUUUGCUCCUCUGCUGGCUCUUUCUUCUGUAGAAGUCUCUACGUUGGUUUGGCUUGACUAUUCGUUUAACAUUUUUGUGAUCUUCCUCCCCUUCCUCUGUAUCACUUUGUCCUACAGCCGUAUCUUCCUUGUGAUCUUCAACAUUUCAUCUCUGAGUGGGAAGAAGAAAGCCUUUUCAACCUGCAGUUCUCAUUUAAUAGUUGUUUGUACAUACUACGGGUGUCUGAUUGCAGUGUACAUGUCACCAGCCCCUGAAAGUUCAAUGUACGAAAAUAAGUUCAGGUCUCUUGUUUUCCUCCUACUCACUCCUUUUACUAACCCUAUUAUGUACAGCCUAAGAAAUAAGGAGAUCAAAAACACACUCGUGCUGUUUUUCACAAAGAGAUGA